UUGAAAAAAACAUAAGAGUACGAAUCCGAGGGAGUACACACACACACACUGACACCAACGACAAAACACAAAGUUCCUUCCUUUCUUCCAAACUUCCAGUUCCAUUUUUUAAAAUCUACAAAUUUGCAGCACAGAAUCUAAAACCCAUUUCCCUUUCCGAUUAUCUUCCAUAAAGCUUCACUCCACGCCACCAGAUUCGUUGAUACCCCUCCGUCUGCUUUCUGUUUGUUUCCCGAGAAAAAAUUUCCAUGUUCAAUUUUUUAUUGUUCAGAUUUGAAUUGACUAAUCGCCCCUGCUUCCGAGUAGGAAAAUCAUCGAGUUGAAAUUGGAUAUGGAAAUGUGAUGUUUGAUUGGGGAAAGUGGAAUUCUUGUUGCGUGCUUGAUGAGCCAAGAUGAUAUUCAAAUCUAAGAUAAAAUGGGUUGCUGUCUUUGUCCUCGUUUUAUCUUUUGCAUCAUUACUUCGGCAUCUCUCUAUAGCACGAUUUUCGACUGUCGAUUUAGUCCAGUAUAGCGCAUUGACCGCAUUCCAUAACGAUUUCAAUUCUAUCUCUGGGAGGCAGAGUGUUCCUAAUAAGAAGCUAUGGGGGCCUGUGAAGCCCCUGCAGUCUUUGCAGCCUUAUGCCAACCCCCGAAGCAACUAUCCUGUCCCAAAUGACCAGAGCAAUGGCUUCAUUUACGCAAAAAUAUUUGGUGGAUUUGAAAAGAUAAGAUCUACGAUCUGUGAUCUGGUCACCAUAUCCAGGCUUCUAAAUGCUACUCUUGUCAUUCCAGACAUUCAAGAAAGUACUCGCUCAAAAGGCAUCAGCUCUCGUUUCAAGAGUUUUACAUAUCUCUACGAUGAGGUGCACUUUAUAGCAUCUUUAAAAAAUGACAUAGUCAUUGUGAAGAGUCUGCCAGAUAAUCUGAAGGCAGCAAGGAAAAGAAAUGAAUUCCCUUCUUUUAGACCCAAGAAGUCAGCUUCUCCAAAUUUUUAUAUCAAAGAAGUCCUACCAAAGUUGAGGAAAACCAAGGUUAUUGGCUUGGUCAUUGCUGAUGGUGGAUGUCUGCAGUCAAUCCUUCCACCAAACAUGGCCGAGUUUCAAAGACUUAGAUGCAGGGUCGCCUUCCAUGCACUUCAAUUCAGGCCAGAAAUCCAAGUGCUUGGACACAAGAUGGUGGAGAGGUUACGUGCAUGGGGUCAACCUUUCCUAGCGUAUCAUCCUGGUUUGGUGAGAGAAACCUUGGCAUAUCAUGGCUGUGCUGAACUUUUUCAGGAUGUUCACACUGAACUCAUACAAUAUCGAAGGAAACAAAUGAUUAAAAAGGGCAUUGUUCAUGAGGAACUAAGCAUAGAUUCACAUUUGCGUAGAGAAAAUGGCUCAUGCCCGCUGAUGCCUGAAGAGGUUGGAAUUCUUCUUCGUUCAAUGGGGUAUCCUCCUAAAACAAUUAUAUAUCUGGCUGGUUCUGAAACAUUUGGGGGUCAACGUGUUCUGGUCCCUUUGCGUGCUAUGUUUCCCAACUUAGUGGAUCGCACUUCCUUGUGCAGCAAUAAAGAAUUGUCUGAUAUACUUGGACCUGAAACACCCCUUCCGCAAAAUCCAUUUCAACGACUGCCAGCAAAAAGCAAGGAACAACUUAAAGAAAAAUGGAAGAAGGCCGGUCCUAGGCCUCGGCCUCUUCCUCCACCUCCUGGUAGACCUAUCUAUCAACAUGAAAAAGAAGGCUGGUAUGGUUGGAUUACUGAGUCUGACACGGAACCAGACCUUUCUGCUUUGGAUCUGAGGAUGCAAGCACAUAGACUAAUUUGGGAUGCUCUUGAUUAUAUUGUCUCUGUGGAAGCAGACACAUUCUUUCCUGGUUUUAACAAUGAUGGCAGUGGAUGGCCAGAUUUUUCAAGCUUGGUCAUGGGACACCGUGUGUAUGAGGUUGCUUCUUCUAGAACAUACCGACCAGACAGGAAAGUUGCAGCAGAACUUUUCAACAUGACCAGGGACAAUGUCUACCAUCCCAAGCAUAAUUGGACAGUCUCAGUGCAGGAACAUCUUAAGAAAAGCUUAAGUGAGGAAGGCCUAAUAAGGCAAUCCGUUUUGUCGAAGCCAGCAUUAUUCAUUUCACACCCACUUCCCGAAUGCUCAUGUAGAAUAUCUUCUGCCAAUGCUCCAGUUCAUGUAAAAGGUAAUGAUGGCCGAACUAUAUAUGGAGGUGAAGAAGAGUGCCCGAAGUGGAUGAAGCAUGGUGACGAAGUUCCUUUGGAUUCAGCUGGGGAAGAGGGUAAGGUGGAGGACAAUGAAUUGUCAGAGUACGGAAGUACUCUGGAUGAACAACCAGAAUCAAAUGACAGCGACAGAACUAAUGCUACUCUUGUCUCUGAGCAGGAUGAGGAAAUGGACCCGAAUGACUAAAGUUGGAUCUACAUGCGAUACAGUUCCUAUCUUUUACUCUAAUGCAGCCUUCCGCUUCCAUCGUCUUCCACUGAAAUGGAAAGUUUUGGAGGUAGAGAUGACAAUAACGGUUUGAUUCAUGGUUCCAGCUUUGCCAUUUUGAGAGAUAUAGGUAUUCAAACAUAUUCUUUGGGUAAAUUCUUUGAUUUUCUAUAGUAAACGGGAGAGUUAUUUGUUUACCUUCACACAAGUUGAGGAUCGGGAAAUAUUAUCGAUGCGCUUGGGGUAAAGCCAAUCAGAGUUUGUACACCGCCUACCGGUAUUGAAGGUUUUUAUUCAUAGAAAAAGUGUUACUUGUUAGAUAAGCCACAUGUGUAAUUUUCUUGUAAACAACAAAUGACGAGUACAUGAAAUGGUUCAUUGCGAUCUCUUGUUAAA